AUGGAUCUGGGGUUUCCCGUGUCAAGAACCGGAUCAACGGUGUGUGAAUCAAAACCAACAUUAUUUUACUUAAAGAAGAGAAAAACGUCAAAACGUUACAACUGCGAGCAGUGUGGAAAGGCCUUCAAGUCCAAAGGAGGCCUUACCCAGCACAACGAAAAGAUCCACUCCGGGCCAACACCACACAGAUGCGAUAUCUGCGGCAAGCGCUAUCGGGACUUCGACAGCAUGGAUCAGCAUCGGCAGCGGCAUCUGAUGAAGGAUAAGCCCUGUAAGUGCAGCGAGUGCCCGAAGCAGUUCAUCCGAGAAUCGGAUCUCCGGCGACAUAUGGGGCUUCAUCACGGCGUCAGUCCACAUCGGUGCGACAUUUGUGGGAAGGCGUUUGACCGGGCCGACCAUUUGACGGAACACAAGUGGAGCCAUGCGAACGGAACCGUGAAGAAGCCUAAAGUUUGAAG